AGAGAGAGAGAGAGAGAGUAGAACGGGACAGAAAUUGUGCAGACCCAGGAGCGUGUGUGCGUGUGUGGAUUGCCAUCAGCUGGAAGUCAGUAGCACAGAAUACCCAACAUGGCAGAAAGUACAGAAAUGGAUGAGCUUCUGAAAGCCUUUAAGAAGUUUGCUGUUCAUGGUGACACCAAAGCCACUGGAAAGGAGAUGAAUGGUAAAAACUGGGCUAAACUGUGCAAAGAUUGCAAAGUUAUUGACAGCAAGAAUGUCACCGGCACUGAUGUAGAUAUUGUCUUCACAAAAGUCAAAGCGAAGACAUCUCGGGUCAUAACAUAUGAGGAGUUCCAGAAAGCUCUAGAAGAACUGGCCCCAAAGAGAUUCAAAAAUCAAAGCAAAGAAGAGGCACUGCAGUCUAUAUAUAAGCUAAUCGAGGGAAAAGAACCCACCAACGUUGGUGUAACGAAAGUGGCAAAAACUGGUGCUGUGGAUCGGUUAACUGACACAACUAAAUAUACGGGCUCCCACAAGGAGCGCUUUGAUGACAGCGGGAAAGGCAAAGGAAAAGGUGGGCGGGAGGAGAUUGUGGAGCACACAGGUUACGUAGGUGCCUACAAGAACGCUGGGACUUACGACGAGAAGACAAAGGACAAGUAAGGCCCCACUGUCUCCACGUCAGCAAGCUCUGAGCUUCAUCUUCAUCAGCACUUAGGUCUGGACCAAAGCCAAACUUGAACUUUAACCUGUAAAAUCACACAGCCACUAAGCAGUGUAACACAGGAUGUGUUGUAAAUGUCUGUCUUUAAGGAUUAAAAAACAGUACUACAGUCGGUUUUUGUUAGAAAGUUGACAGAAGGGUAAGAGAAGACUGGUCUCAAUCCUUUCAUGCAGAUACCAUCCCCUGCUGUAUGUAGGAUUUCAGGUGAAAAUCUCAAAAGAGGACGCAUAAAGACAGCUCUUUGGUUGGGAAAACAGAUAAGUGUAUUUGUUUCAGUUUUUAUGUUGCUGUUUUUAAUAGCUAGGAGCAUCUAAACAUCACAGUGAUUCAGAGAUGGACAAGUGGAACACAGGGAACCCUUUAAGAGAAUUAUUUCCUCCAACAUGUGUAGAUAGAUGCACUAAUGGAAUCGCUGUCAAUAAAAUGUAACAACAUUCAUUACUAAGACUUAAAUGUCAUUCUCCAAAGGAUAAUGGUAAACCAGCUUUAUGUGUGUAUUAGCUAUACUCUUCUGUUAUUAUUACCAAAAAUACAUGAUCAUAUCUUUAAGUUAGCUUACUGUGUUACUGAAACUGGAAACUGCCUUUGUAUAAACUAUUACUAAAU